AUUUUAUGAAAAGAGCAUCUUAAAUUCAAAUAUAGAAAGAAGCAAUAGUUUUCUCUUCUGAUGAUUCAAUGAAUAGUGAUAAUUCAUUUAAUUCCAGUAUAGAAGAGGAAGAAGCAGAGACAGACACAAACACUAUUUUCCAUUUAAAAGAAUAAAUGGCAUAAUUUUUUACUGAAAAUCCAGGGUUAUAAGAAGCUAUAAAAUUUGAAUAAGAAGAGAAGGAUGAAGGAAAUGCUGAAAAAACAGAAUAAAAUAAACAUAAGUAUAAUAAUUUAAUAUAGUUUAGACAAACUUUAAUUUCUAAAGCAGAGUAACAGUAAUUUGUACAUGGUUGGAAAUUGUUAGGAAAAGAUGUUAUAAGAAAUAGUCAAGGUGGGUAGACUUUACCUACAUUAGAGACAAUCAAUCAUAGACUUAAUAUCUUUAAAUAGAAGGUUGAUAAGGUAGAUUAUUUAGAAAUUUUAUAACGAGAAACCUAAUAACAAUAAUAAAAAUAAGAAGAAUAAGUAUAGGUUAAAUAAGAUACAAAAUAACAACCAAGAUCAUAAUCAGAAAAUCCUAAUAAGAAUGAAAAUGAAGAAUAGAAAUUGGAGGAAGAAUAAGAUAUCACUUAUUUCAGUUUUAAGAAAAAAAUGUAAUUAGCUCUACACAAAAGAUAAUAAUUGUAAAGAGAAGAAGAAGAAAGAAAAUAAAAAUAAUAAAAAGAAAAAUAAAAGAAAGUAAAUGAAGCUGAUUAACUUGCUAAUGAUGCACCAAAUUAACAAACUUAAAAUAUUUUAGUUGGAUCUAAAAUGGAAUUUUAAACUCAUGUUGGUUAAAUGCUUUAUUAGACUUAUUUAUAAACUGGAGGAGAUAAAGAAAGCUUUAAAAAAAUGGCAGCUAUUUUUCUUAAAAAUUAUCAUAAAAAAUAAAAAGAAAAUUUAGAUAAAUUAAAAGUAAAAUAAUAAAUAAAUAAUUUAGGUAUUUCCACCAGCAAUUCCUAAAUUUACAUCGGAAGAUUGUAAACACUUGAAUUUAUUAUUACCAGACUUUUCAACUUAAUUAUAUGCUCCAAAUAAAUAAAAUUUGUUUUAAGGAGUUGAGAAUUAUAAGUUUCCAGCUAAUAGUCCAGAAUAAGAGUUCAUAAAUUUAGUCGAUUAAAUUAUGUCAGGAAAAGUUAUGUAAUUUUGGAAAGAAAUGCAUUAAUAAUGA